AUGCCCGAGGCAGCCCCCAACACAGACGAUCUGCAAAUCAGCUUCCAGCAAGUGGACGUCGACCUCGACGUACAAGAAAUUCUCCUCGCCGCCUCCCAACACGACAUCCCCAAGCUCCGCCGGCUUGUCCGCACUCAAUCCGCACUCCCAGAUGCCGCGAACGUCAAAGACCCAGAAACGGGGUACUCGCCUCUCCACGCCGCGAUCGCAGCAUGCGAGUCCGAGACAGAGGAAGAAGAGACAAGAGUAAACGGCGCCAAUGGCGCCACCAGUGGUGCUGCUGCGAGUGAUGACAGUGCUGAGAUAGUGCAGUCUGGCGUGGAGACGGUCAAGUUCUUGUUACAGGAGGGUGCUAUUUGGAAUGACCUGGAUAACAACGACGAGACGCCGGGCUGCUUGGCGCGCAGAAUCGGGGUACAGCAGCUGUAUGAGCUUAUUGUUGAUGCGGGAGUUCGAGCAGAAUUGCUGCUGAAUCGGUUAGAUGGGUAUGAGGCGCUGUCUGAUGGGGAGGACGACGAUGGUGAUGAGCAAGAAGAAGAAGGACAAAAAGAGACAGAAACACCAGAGGGAGACGAAACAGCGCCGGAGCUGGUUGAAGCCACUGCCGAAACUGCGACAGAAACCAGCAACCCCAGCGUGACGAACCCGCGCUACCUGGACUCCCACCUCAACAUCAACAACGAGCGGAUCCUGGACUCCGACCAGAAUGGGGUGAUGAUGAGCUGGGAGAGCGAGAUCAUGCGCAAGUCCGCCGCAGCGCUACUCCCACGAUCAGGCCUCAAAGUGCUAAACAUCGGGCACGGAAUGGGAAUCGUGGACGGAUUCCUACAGGACCACUCACCAGCUUCGCACCACAUCGUCGAAGCGCACAGCGAUGUCGUCGCAGCGAUGAAGCAGAAGGGAUGGGACUCCAAGCCCGGCGUGGUCAUCCACGAGGGCCGGUGGCAGGAUAUUCUGCCGGAACUGGUGAUGCAGGGAGAGACCUUUGACGCGAUCUACUAUGAUACCUUUGCGGAGUCAUAUGGCGAUUUCAGGGAGUUUUUUUCAGAGCAGGUCAUCGGGUUGCUGGAGCAGGAUGGAAAAUGGGGGUUCUUUAAUGGGAUGGGUGCUGAUCGGCAGAUCUCGUAUGAUGUAUAUCAGAAAGUGGUGGAGAUGGAUUUGUUCGAGGCUGGGUUUGAAGUCGAUUGGGAGGAGAUCCCGGUGCCGAAGCUGGAGGGCGAGUGGGAGGGUGUGCGGAGGGCGUACUGGGUUGUGGACAACUAUCGGUUGCCACUGUGUCGGUUUAUGGAUUGA